UGUGGGAGAGAGAGAGAGAGAGAGGGAGAGAGAGAGCAGAUGGAAACAUUGCAACUGAAGGCAACUCAGGGUGCAGCAGAAGCAGCGUUUCCUUCCAUGGAUUGAAGGAAGGAAAUCCUCUUCUUCAGCGUCGCCUGCAUGCAAAUGUCGCCGAGCGGGACAGAAUAAUCUCUGGCUGAACACACUCUCAUCUGGAACCAACACUUCACUUUACAAGGAGGGCAGCUUCUUUUUUUUUUUUUUUACUCGAGGCAUCACCACUGACACAUUUGUCCCAUAGCCUCCACAAAGGCUCAUACAGGUGACAAGUGUGUCCAACUUCACUGCGCCGCCCGCAUUGACGCGCUCACAGUGUGCUUUCUGCAGCGGCAGCGCAGCAGCGGCAACAGCGCGCAGCGUGAGACCCGUCGCUCGCGUUUUCACUUGACAUUUGAGCUCGAGCUGCAGUGCAUGUGUGGCCAUAUACAUAUGACGCAUUUUGCGUCUUCAGCUGUUUUUUUUUUACAACCAAAAGCCUGUUGUUGUUUUUUUGUUGGACGCUUGUGGAGUGUUGCGUUUUGGGGCAAGUUGCUGAUUGGUAUGUUAGUCAUGUCCUCCUGGGUUAACUUGCGCGUUUCUCUGUAGAGUCGCACACGGAGCCGCGCGCUCGGUACGGACAGAGAAGUUGGUUGGGUGUAAUCAUAAUAAGAACACCAGUGAGGAGCGACAAGAAGAGGCGUCCAGGAGGGAUGCUGAGCGGCUCAAUUUGCUCCCAGCAUCAUCAUCAUCUCUCCGUGUGAGGAUCCAAACUGCUGCUGCUGCUCUCCAUCCUAAUACUAACAGUUCUUUUUGCACAAGCCUGCCACUGAAUUGCAGCUCCUGAGACCCGCAGCUGCGUAAACUUGGCCAGAUCUGGUGACAUUGUACCCUCUGUGUUUUUGCGUGUGUGUGUGUUUGUGUGUGUGCGCAGAGCAGCCUGGAUGGAUAUGCGGCUCACCGAGGGAAUUUGAAAAAAGCAAAAAGGGGGGAUUACUAUCAGUCCCUCUCCUAUUAUAACCUCAAAAUGGAUGCCGACGACAGGCUGUGGAGACGCCACUGGAUUAGCCACUCUGCCGCCGAUCUUCUUGACAUCUGAGCGGGCGCGAGCGUUCAAAGUUUGGAUAAUCUGAAAAAAAAAAAAAGCAAAAAAAAAAAAGCUGCAAGGCUCAAGGUGCAGGAUGCAGUCUGGAGCGAAGACGCUCUCCGCAGGUGGAGGUGCGUCACUCUGCUGCCUGCUGCUCCUCUGGCUCAUCUACUCCCAUCUGCUCAGAGAGGGCCAGUUGGCGGUGGGAACCUGCGAGAUAGUGAUGCUCAACAGAGACAGCAGCGUGCCCAGGCGGACCAUCGCUAGGCAGACGGCCCGCUGCGCCUGCCGGAGAGGCCAGAUCGCCGGGACCACCAGGGCGAGGCCGGCAUGUGUAGAAGCGCGAAUCGUGCGGAGUCGUCAAUGGUGUGAGAUGGCUCCGUGCCUGGAGGGGGAGGUCUGCAGCCUCCUGUUCAACCGAUCCGGCUGGACCUGCACCAGAGGCAGUGGUCGCAUCAAGACCGUCACGCCUUUGCCUAAGGAGCCGUCGUAGGAUGCAGAGAAAACAGCAAGUAUGAUCAUUGACAUCCAUGCUACAAAAAGAACUGAGACUUAUCACUACACCAGAAUAUUGUGUCCAUUCACCCACGAGACUCCCAAACUUUACACCAGGUUUGACCUUCAGUAAAAAAAAAAAUAAUAAUCCAGAGGUUAUCCAAUCCCCACAGUGGCAGACUCUCAGCAGACACUUCUGAGAACUCGGAGAAGUCUCCAGUGAGCAGCAUAGUACACCAUCGGCAUUGAAUCUUCACCGUGGACACAUCAUAGAGCAAAAUCCCUGCGAGGAACAUUUAUCAACAGGGCAGUGGAAUAUUCAUUGAAGUACAUUACCUUUUUUUUUGUCCUUGUUAUCCAACAUCAAGUCUGCAGGGGACGUUUCCUUGAAGAUUUUUCGUACCUUUGUGGCUUGAUUUAGACUCGUCAGAAGGUCUUUCAGAAGUCGGCCCGUUCAUCUUCUUUACUAUCCCCGCUAUGAAACCGUCCAGGGUUAUAUUCCAGCCAAGUUUCUUUAAUGACAGCUCACGGCUGAAGAGUAAUGACUUUGCAGAGGUUGAGCCAGGCCGUAUUGUCCAUUGGAGUCUUUCUUUCAUUUGGCUGGGCGAAACUUUACACCUCCUAAAAAUCUCUGCAUACACACCCCACAGGACGGGACGUUGUGAAAAAGCAUGAAAGUCUAUUGGAAUGUCACAGAAGAGACAACAGAGAUGAGUUGACAGUCUUUACUUAAUGGCUGAAGGUCAUGAUGGCGAAACAUGGACAUUUUGGACGACUUAGCUUAUAACUUAUGUUUUUUUAUGUGGUGCCAACAUAGACUAGAAGAGUAGUUUUUGUCAAUGAACCUCACACAUCUUGUUCACACCACGGGAGCACCUAGCAGAUGUGGACCCCCUGGCUCAUUUUAAUGGUCUAUAUGUCGUGCGUGUGCGCAUGUUUGCAUCUCUCCACGUGUGAAUAUGUGUGUGUAUGCUUGUGUGUGAGUGACAUCCAGAGAUACACUGUGAAAUAAGUCAUAUCCAAUGCAUUAUUCAUACUCUUGUAUAUUUUUUUGGGACACGCCCCGACCAGAGCUCACCAUCUGGCAAAAGAGAGCAUUUGUGAUUUUACAGAUGUUGGAUCUCAUUUGAAUCUUCACGGAUGAAUCCUUGGUUAGCCUUUUUUUUUUUUUGUCUUUUAUUUAGUACAUAGAGAUAUUUAUAUUGAGGGGGGGAAUAUUAUUGAAAAUGGGAACAGAUCUGCAGUAUGUCACAUAAGUUAAAUUCUGUAAUUAAAAUCGAUUCAUGCAUUAAAUGUAUUCAGAAUCCUUGUCUAAAUUGACUAUAUUUUGAUAUGAAAUGUUUUGGCCAACUGGACGUGCUUUUUGCUGAUUUCAGAUGCUUGAUAUAUUUGAAAUUAUGUAUAUAGAUAUAUAUUCAAUUAAUGUAUUUUAUGUUCUGUGGGUCUCAUUCCAAGAGGAGGUCAAGAAAAGGAGAAGCACAAGAGGCAUUCUUCUGAGAUGGACACAAUAACACGAACACCGUUUCAAAAACACAGAAUCAAAUAAAACACAAUCCAAAUAUCACAACGUAAUAAGCUAUGGUCUGCAGGACUGAAUGAACAUCCCAAAGUCUCCCAAGUCUGAAAAAAAUAACCUUCACAGAGGUUGUGUUUGUUGCAGGUUGAUUACAAUAGAUUGCAUAAUAUAGUACAGGUGUUCCUGUUAGUGUGUCUACACCCUGUUUUUUUUCAUUUCUUUGUACUAAAGAAUCCUGUACAUCUCCAUCUUAAUGUAUGCAUUUGAGGAUAUAAAGAGAGCGUCCGCUCCCGGGAGCUGCGGAGUGUGUA